AAUUGUUUUGAAAGGGAAAGGCUCAUUUUGUUGAUUCUGGCUUGGUCUUCCUCUUCCCUAAACUCCAGCCAAAACCUCUAGAAGCAAAAUACUCUCUCUCUCUCUCUCUCUCUCUCUCUGGUAAAAUGGCUACAGCAUCUUCGUCGUCUCCAUCAUCAUCUGGGGUUCCAGAGAGAAGGGGUAUUCCGGCAGCUGCUUUCGUGGAAGAUGUACAGACCUAUCUCUCUCAACUUGGUCUUGAUGUCAACUCUGCCCUCGCCUUCCUCCAAGAAAGACUUCAGCAAUACAGAUUGGUAGAGAUGAAACUACUUGCGCAACAGAGGGAGCUUCAGGCAAAGAUUCCUGACAUCGAGAAGUGCUUGGAUGUAGUUGCAACUUUGCUAGCUAAGAAGGGUGCUGGUGAGGCACUGUUUGCCGAUUUUGAAGUGUCAGAAGGUAUCUAUUCUCGAGCAUGCAUCGAAGAUACUGAUUCAGUAUGUUUAUGGCUGGGAGCAAAUGUCAUGCUGGAGUACUCCUGUGAAGAGGCUACUACUCUUCUACAAAGCAAUUUGGAAAAUGCUAGAGCUAGUUUAGAAGUUCUUGUCGCAGAUCUACAAUUCUUGAGAGAUCAGGUUACUGUUACACAGGUCACAAUUGCUCGUGUAUACAACUGGGAUGUACAUCAGCGCAGAACUCGACAAGUUGCUGGUCCCAUGGACUCUUGAGGAAAAACUCGCUACAGCAAGGUACGAGGUGGCAGAAUGAACUUUGCUAGCGAAAAAUGUGGUUCGGUUCUAGUUUCUUUUAUCCAUUCUUCUAGGAGAUAGGAUUGCCUCUUUUUUUUUGGUUUUCUUUUCUUUUGUUGUAAUAUUAGUGAAUUUGUUUUCUUCUAGUUGAGCUUUAGUUCUGGAUUUUAUCCCAGUGUGAGCGUGUGUUUUUUUUAGAGAAGUGACGUAGUACUCAGACCAGCUUUGUUGCAUGAUGAAACUCUUGGGCUUGGGCUGUAACAGUAUGAUUCUUGAUGAUUUUUGAAAUUCACUCCAACAGUUUUGGUCGAUCA